UCGAACGGUUUAUAUUGACGCAAGGACUCGAGAGAAAUUCCAAAAAAACCUAUACACGAAACCUUAUAAUAGAAAUCCCUUUGUAUAACUCAAAAAAUCAAGGAUAAUAUAAUAAAGAGCACACAAGUCACCGCGAGCUCUGGCUUAUCGGUAAAAGAAAGAUAACACACAAUCACCUUGUUUUUUUUUUUCUUCGGCUCUCUUUCUCAAUAACGACCGACAUUCAUGGGAAAACGUUAAAGGCUAACAUCGUUGUUUGCAUACUUAUAGGCGCAAAGUAUAAAUAAUAUUGAUAAAUCCUCCAACUAACGGUAUCGAGUUUUGUUUGUUUAUAAGCUUUUUUGGCGGCAUUGAAUUUUGAAAGGUGUUAUAGUUGAUAGAGGUGCCGCCACCGCAGUGUCUUUCCUGAAACCAACAAAGUGUUACUCGCUAUGUAUCACCUCCUAACCCCACCCUGAGUGCCCCUUGUAUCUUCUUAACCCCCUACGACUACUCUCUCUCAUUACGGCAAGUAGUGCAUAAAAUAAGCAAAACAAAAGCAGUGCAUGUUGUUGUUGUUCUUCUUCUGGUUCUUGUUGUUAUUGUACUAGAAGAUCUACUAUAUGUAAAAAAAAAAAAAGUAGACCAGGGGUGUUAUAGUUUGUUAGAUUCAAGUACACACACAUGAGCCUCUCCCUCUCGCCCCAGCCCAUGAAUAAAAAAAAAGGGAAGAGCCUUAAUUAUAAUCACAGAAAAGAAUAAGAGUGCAAAGGCAACAACGAAGAAGGCUUAAAGUGUCUUUGUUCAGAAAAGUGUACAAGUACAUACCAGGCCUAGAUUGUUAUAGAGAAAAAGAAGCAUCGCAUAUCGCAUCUAGUGCAAGUGCAAUUUUUUUUUUUUUUUCUAAGUGUGACCAAAGGUGCAGAUUGUGUCUCGUCGUGUAGCCGCCGCGUUGCUGGCACACCACCGCCCAUCAGCGCCCUCUGUGUCUCAAUUCUCUCCUCUAUAACCCUCUAUAAGCAGAAGCACAAGAGCGCUAUCUACACACGGGCUUUAAAUGCGAAUAACAACGUUUCGUGUCUUGUCUUCGUUUUCGUCCCGUUGUCUUCGUCUUGGAUAGGCAGGGGUUGGAAGUGGCAUCGGUGUUGUGCUGUUUAGUGUGCCAUCCGACAACAACGACGCGACGUGAUUCGAAUGUUGUUGUCUUGUUGGUUUGAAUGAAAUCAGUUUAAAGGAUCAAAUCUCAUGAAUUGUAAUUGUGUUAGGAAUGAUACAUAAUAUAUUUGUGUGUUUGUGUGUGUUGAUGUGUUUUUUUUUGUUUUUUGUUUUUCUGCUGCCACAUUGAUUAAGGAUUAAACCAAGGAUUUAUAUUUGGAUUUUCCAUCUACAUAUGGCAGUGCUGAAGAGAGAAAAAGGAGUCUUAAGUAAAAAGCAACAUUGAACGCAAAAAUAUAUUUUUGGGCAAGCUAUAAAACUAAACGAUAGAAAGUCUUAAAACGAAGCUGGAAAAGAAAAAUAACAACAACAAAGUCUUGAUGAACGAAAUCUAUACUAUAUAGGCAAUAAUAUCACGAAAAAAAAAAUCCCAAGCCGGAAGGACAUUGGAAAAACGAAAAAAAAAAAAAAUACAACAAAAAUAAAAACAAAGCAAAACAAAACAGAAAAAAAAGGAAACGGAAGUGUAAAAAAUUCCGGAAGGCAUUUUUGUUUUUCCGAAAAAAAAGCUCCGAGGAAUAUGAUGGCAACCAAAACAACAAACCACCUUUGAGUGUGAGAAGAAAAAGAAGAAGAAGCAAACAAAAAACAAACAAACACAAAAACCAUGAAACAAUCACCAACUUGCGGCUAAUCUCCCCCAACCCCCCCUCAAAAACAAACAUCAUCACGUCUAUAGAGAAUAUGAAUACAAAGAUGCGUGUCUCGGGGGAACUAUUCGUUCCAAUAGCAACCAUCCAUAUCCUCAUGAUUCUAACAACCAAAGUUGCCUACGUGAGCGGUGAUUGGCUUAUGAAUUGUGGCGAUUGCAAAUGUAAAUGGAAUUCCGGCAAGAAAACAGCCGAUUGCAAAAAUUUAAGCAUCUCCAGUGUUCCGGAGAAUCUCAGCUCUGAGUUACAGGUCCUUGAUUUGUCACUCAAUAAAAUCUCCUAUCUCGAGGAAAAUGCCUUUUUGACAGCUGACUUGCAAAAUCUCCAUAAGCUUUUUAUCAGAAAUUGCUCAAUGGAAAAUUUAGAUCCUUUAUCUCUGAGAUCUCUUGAAAUUCUAAUUGAGUUGGAUUUGUCUAAUAAUCUUCUCCGGCGAUUACAGGCAAAUAUUUUUGGCAGUUUGGUAAAAGUACGGGCUUUAGUCCUCAAUGGUAACCUUCUCGAAGUUUUGGAUGAUGGAAUCUUCCAAAAUCUCAAGUACUUGCAUAAAGUUGAACUUAAAGACAAUAGAAUAGUACAGGUGGGGACAGCGGUUUUUGUCAAUGUUCCGCUGCUGUCACAAAUCUACUUGAGUGGAAAUCGCUUAAAUUUUUUGCGAAAAGAGUCCUUUGAGAAUCUUCAAAGACUUACGAGUUUGUCGCUGGAAUUAAACCCUUGGAACUGCACCUGUGAGCUACAGAUAUUCCGUGACUUUGCCUUUCGACGGAAUUUAUACACCCCACCGACUUCGUGCUACUAUCCCAGCCAUUUGCGUGGGAUGCUGUGGAUAGAGGAUCAGCCGGAGGCAUUUGCCUGCAAGCCCAAGAUAAUCUAUCCCUCGCGAGGCGCCUCAAUUAAUACUUCCAAAGAGAAUGUGACACUGAUUUGUCGAGUGCACGCUUCACCGAAUACUCUUAUCGCCUGGGACUACAACAAACAGAUGUAUACUAGUAGCAGUGGAAGUAGCAAUGUUGGAAGUGUCAGCGGUGGUGGAGGAGGUGGUACAAAUAAUCCUGGUCGGGUGCACAUUCAAUUGCUUCGUGAGGAGCAAAAUCCUGGCAAAGAAUUCGGUCGCGAUAUAUUCAUCUCCCGUCUCACUAUUCUCGGUGCUGAGAAGAGUGAUGAAGGCAUUUAUACCUGUUUGGCGGAAAAUGCCGGCGGCAAGGACGCCGUUCAGAUGAGUCUUCUCGUGCAGAAGCAAUCGCCAAAGGAUUUGCUCUUGCAGAGCAAUUUAAUCAUCGUGAUUUGCUUAAUGGCACUUGGGUUACUGUCCGCUUCCGUGUUUUUGGCCAUGGUCACGUGUUGCAUCUACAAGCGUUUCAAGGCGAUAAAUUUACAACAGCAGCACUUUCAUAGUCAUGGCGGUGGUGCUUUGGGCAUGACAACGACAACAACGUCCACGGCGGCAGGCAGUGAGACAUCAGUGGGUCAACAUCAUCUUCACCAUCAUCAUUUGCAUGGUGGCGAUGGCCACUUGAUUCACCAAAAAAAGGGUGGCGGUGGGGAGGGUGGUUAUGUUGGUGGUGGAUCGGCCUUGAGUCAACAUCAGGUGACAAAUGGGGAUAAAUAUGCGGCAAUUAAAAUUAUGGAGAAUGGUGGGGUGGUGGGUGGUGGGACUAAUGGCGGGGGUGGUUUGCAUCAUCAUCAUCAGCAACUGAAGCAUCACAUGAUAAGCGAUGAUAUGACAGACACGAAAUUGGCUCAUUCCGAGAAGAUUUAUCUGGAGAAAAGCAUUGAAGAUUCUCUCCACAUACCAUCGCACACGGUCUACCUCCCACAUGGCCCAAAUAUGUCCGAAAUCAAUCGUAUAGCACCUUUGAAACGUCAUCAUCAAAAUGCAGAUGGUACCAUCACAGCCGAAUAUCAGCCCGAUUUAUUACCCAACACCACCCACCAUCAGCAUUCAUUUAAUAAUAAAAACAAAAGUCACAGCAACAACAGCCUCUACAGUCCACCAGGCGGCGGCGGCGGUGGCGGCGGCCCAUGCCAAACAACAGCAACAUCGACAGUAAAUCACCAGAAUUCAUAUGCUGACCAAAUUCAGGAUCAUUAUUCCCAUCACCAUCAUCAUCAGCUCCAGAAUUCCAACAUCUAUCGUCCGCAAUCACCGCCCUCGGCCCCAUCAUCCUUGACAUCAUCAUCUGCAGUUACAACAAUAAAACAUCCACCAACCACUCAAGAUGCCACUUCAACUUCAACCCACCCAACAACCAACGCCACCACCACCGCCCAUUAUGCAAAUAACAGCAACACUGGCAAUUUGGCCAAAAGUAAAUACGACCAUGUCAGUAGGUCCACAACGGACUAUUUACAGUCCAGAUAUAUGGACUUGAUGCGAGAGAUGUCGUGUAUUCCGGCACCACCAGCAUCCUCGUCGCCAAAUGGGGGCUCCGACUCGCCCCCACCACCGCCAGCGCCACCCAACGACAAGUUGGCAAAACAACUGCUGCGUUAUCCUUCAACUGGAUCCUACCAGCGUCCCACCGUUAAAAAGAACACCAGUGUUCUAGACUACCGGAAACCCCCUCCACCGCCGCCAUAUUCAGCCAGCCAUACUGGCGGCGGAACAACGACCGGAUCCACAACUGUGCCGUUAAGACGAACUAGUGCUAUACUGGGUAAUAACAACAACGAUGACGCCAACACCGAAUCGGGGUCAGAACUGAAUUGUGGCGAAACGACAACGACGACGACGAAUAUCUCCCGCCAGACAAUUGUCACAACGUCACCUUCCCUUAACUUUUUGGCCAGCUACACCCCAAGGCGGCAAUUACUCUGAUAGGAGGAGGCCGGGCGCCGAGAGUUCCAUCAUUCUACCACAUGGUUGAUAUAGAAUGAAGGACCUCUUCGCAACCCAAAAACGGAACAAGAAUUAUAUACAAAACACACACAUAACUACCUACUACCCAAAUGAUGCAACAAUAUUAUGUAGCAGAGUCCUUUAUGCCUUCGCGCCAGACAGAGACAACAAUGAGGUUAACACUUGGGGCGCAAUACCGCAUAUAUGCAGCAUCCUAGGACCGUACACCGACAAUGUGACCUCACCCGUAUGCUGCUGCCGUAUCUCUCUGGGCUAAUCAAUCAAAACCACCUCUCUCCUAUAUUUAAACAUACACACACCGUUAUGAGUUUGAGGAGUAUUUUUGGUCUUGCAUGAGUGUCCUGCGGUCAUCACAUUUGCCAACGAAGUUCGACUAAAAAUAGAAGAAACGUGAGGUGCCGAAAAAUUUCGGUUCGGUUUCCAGGUGUUGCCAUUUGAAUCGGAUAUACCUUCUAGUCAUGUGGCUCUUUUCUUAAACAAAACAACUGCUAUAAAAGGUAUCAAGGAUAAAAAGGAUCAUCAAGGAUUUUUCUUCGGUAUCGAGGGUACAUGUAUGCAAGAAAAAUGAUGGUCGACCGCAUCGAUGAAUAAUAAUGAACUGAACGAUAACGUUGCAGAAAAAGAAACCUCCUCCUUUUUUUGCCAAAAAUACCAUUAAAAAAGGACGAAGGGUCAUAAUAUGAAUGCAAAUCGGUUUGAAUAAAAGUCAAGUUAAAAAAAAAAAAAAAAAACGAAAAAUCAGAACAAGAAAAAAGUUCGGGCAGAGCAAAGGUGUGAUGGUAAAAAUUUGUCGAGGUGAGAUUUCUCAUAUUCCUCAUCAUUCAAGUGAGGUCGAUGAUGUAAAUCAAACAAAAAGUCCUUAAAUA